CGUGCUUCGGAAUUUCCAGGUGGAAGAUCGCAGCUGCCAACAAAGAUGCAUGUCGACAAUGAGGAUCUUUGCUGUUGUCGGCUCUGUGAUUGAUGAAUGGUGUGAAUGAUUCGAUCCCAUCACAGAAAGCCAGCAAUAUCCCAUUUCCAUGCUAGCAAAAGCCCGAGUUUCAUAAAAAGGAAGAGAUAAUUAUCUUUCAAAGGGCACAGGAGAACUGGAUCGUCCUUCCUGUCUGACAUCGAACAAGACAUAGCCAUGAGGAGCAGUUACGGCUUGCGUUUGGCUACCAGGUUCCUGAUGGCACUGUUGCUGGUAUCCUUGCAGGGAGGACAAGCAUGGAUGGCAGUCUCGGUGGGAUCCUUGUUGUCCAGAGCAGCUGGCUUGAGUUUGCAUACCAAGUCAGCCCUGCAAUGCCGCUGUGGCAACAGUGGUGGAUCCUGGACACAGGGACUCCGUCGUGCGGCACUGCCAUUGUGGACCAGCAGUUCGUGCCUCUUCCAAUCGACCGCUACGGCAGCCCAAGAGACCGUUGGCAGCAGCAGCAACAAAAAGAACAGUUUCCUAGCUCCGCCCAACCGAGAGGGUGUUACCAAGAUAUUGGCAGAUGAUCCAGAAUUUGUCAAACCAGAUCCUGAUUUGAGAAAAUAUCGAUGGAUUCAAUUGGCCAACAAUCUGCAGGUCUUAUUAGUCAGUACUACCGAAACUACCAGCAAGGACGAGGACGAAGAGGAAGAAGAACAGUCCCAUGUGGAGGCUGCAGCUGUGCAUGUCCAAGCAGGACAUUUUGAUGAUACCAUUCCAGGGUUGGCUCACUUCAACGAGCACAUGCUCUUUCUGGGAACGGAAAAGUACCCCGAAGAAAAUGCUUACGAAACCUUUCUGAGCAAGUAUGGAGGUUUCUCCAAUGCUUACACAGACAUGGAGGAUACCAACUAUUAUUUUUCACUUGCCACAACUGCCAAGAAAAAGAAAAAGACUACCACUACGACAACCACCAAUGGGGAAGAAUCCUGUUCUGCUGCAGACGACGACGAUGAAACUUCAGAAGCUUUAGAAGGGUCUCUCGAUCGACUUGCACAAUUCUUUAUUGCACCCAAAUUUGAAACCAGCAUGGUCGAUCGUGAAAUCAACGCCAUCGACUCGGAAUGGCGCAAUGCUCGAACCAGCGAUGCUUGGAGGAACUACCAACACCUCAAAUUAGCUGGCAACCAGGAACAUCCCUUUGCCAACUUUGGAUGUGGAAACUUGGAAACCUUGACCAACCACAACACCACAUCGCCACGACCGGCAUUGCUAGACUUUUGGAAAACCUAUUAUCAAACCUACAAUCUGCGAUUGGCAGUCGUGGGCUAUGCGUCCUUGGAUGCUCUACAGGCCAGUGUGGAGCGCACUUUUGGGGAAUUGCCAUUCUCCGAAGGACAGCAUCGGGGCACACCCGCAGAGCCAUUGGAGGAUCAGGUCUUUCCCCACGAAGAUGGCCUGUACAACCGCGGCCAAAAAGCCUUUGGGCCGGAGCAACUGCAAAAAUAUCGACAAGUCAUUCCCGUGAUGGAAACUCGAAUGCUCAGACUGUACUUUGCCUCGCCACCGGGCGACGACCCCGUGUUUCGUGAGUCCAAACCACACAGGGUGAUUUCACAUCUAUUGGGACAUGAAUCACCAGGUACCUUGCAUUCGCUGUUGAAUGAUAUGGGAUACAUUCAAGCGCUCUCUUCGGGCAUGGUAAUCUCCACGAGAGAUUUCGCCUUGUUCGGGCUCUCCCUUUCACUGACUCCCAAAGGCAUGGCCAACAAGGAUCAUGUCUUGGAUCUGUCCUUCCAAUGGCUUGCCAUGAUCAAACAAGUGGCAUUGGAUCCUGAAAAGUUACCCCUGAUGGAAGAGUACCACGGAGAGCUGAAACAAAUGUUUGUGAAUGGAUUCAAAUUCAGAGAGAAUGGUGACCCGACCGACUUUUGCUCCACUGUGGCCGAAUUGAUGUUUGAUACGGGUACUCCACCCGAGCGGAUCUUGAUUGGGAACAACGACGAGGAAAGUUACGACCCCAAAGUAACAGAAGCUUUUCUGGACAGACUCAAGCCUUCGAACUGCAUGGUCAUCGAACUCAAUUCGGAUCUGGCAAAGGCAACAGAAGAAGACAACAUCUUCCCUGACGGAUGGCAAACGGAGCCUUGGUAUGGGGCGCAAUAUCGAGUCCGGGCGUUGUCGCCGGAACAAAUGAACUCUUGGGAGAAUCCCGCUACAAUCGAUGAUCGGUUGGAGCUGCCUGGACUCAAUCAGUACAUACCCACAGAUUUCUCACUACGUUGCGACAAGGGUGUUGCCACCGCCAAUGGAGAUACGAGCAAACCAUCCGAAUCGGAGCGAAACAAACCUCCUAAAAUGAUCAUGGACCGUCCUGGGUUGAGGCUUUGGCACAAGAUGGACAAGUAUUGGCGAGUUCCCAAAGCCUUCAUUAAAUUUUCUUUGGUCACACCGGCUCCGUAUCGCUCACCGCGAACCAUGACUCUCAUUCGCAUUUAUCAACGAAUUCUGAAUGACGACCUCAAAUCCACGGUUUAUGAUGCAUCACUCGCGGGAUGCGGCUACAGAGUGUCUUGCACACCCACCGGCAUUCGCUUUUCAGUCCAAGGAUACAAUGAAAAGCUGCUGAACCUUCUCAAUAAACUCACUUCUAGGAUGCUUAGCCUGAUCGACGAGUUGAAAGAAGGCCCCGAAGCACACCCAGCUCUCUACGACAAGUUCGAAAAGGCCAAGGAAUCUCUCUUGCGAGAAACCAAGAACUAUCGGUUGGACGCUCCAUACGAGGUCGCCAGCUACAAUUCACGGUUGCUGCUGGAAGAAAAUGUAUGGUACUUGGAUGAUUAUGUAAGGGAAAUGGAGGGAGAGUAUGCGGAGAAAGAUCCUCUGACAAUGGAGGAGUGUGGUCUUCUUGCAGAAGAGAGUUUGACUGGCAGACAUAAGGUAGAAGCCUUCUGCAUGGGAAAUAUUGACGAAAGUGAGGCCCGAGAGGCGUGCCAGGUUGUGGAAGACCAUUUCUUUACUCAGAAACAGAGCCGACCGCUUAUGGAAGCAGAAAUCCCCACCUUUCGCUCGAUGCAAUUGCCCACCAGAGAAGAAGCCAAGCACAUCUUCAGGGAGGACGUUCUGGUCAGUGGCAACCGUUCGGUACCUUUGGUUUAUCAAGAGGUGGCAUAUUCACCAUCCGAAGAGAACCAUGCGAUUGAAUACAUCAUCCAAACGGGGAGUGAAAUCGAGUUGGAAUACAGCGGGAUCGCUCUCAUUGAGCUAAUGAAUCACAUUGCCUACAACAGCGCGUACAAUCAGCUCAGAACCAAGGAGCAAUUGGGCUACAUCGUGAGCACCUUCCCGCGCAAGACCAGUGGAGGUGGCUGGGGUUUCUCUGUUGUGGUCCAAAGCAGUGUUGCUACUCCUGAGAUUCUGGAAGAACGAGUGGAAGCCUGGUUGAAACAGUUUCGAGCCGAAAUGGAACAAAAAGAGGCUUCUGAGAUUGCCUUGGAAGCAGCGGCCGUGGUUUCGCAGUUGAAGGAGCGGGAUACAAAGCUUUCGCAAGAAGUGAAUACGUACUGGGGAGAGAUCAGCAACACCGAAACAUACAGCGAUCGGAUGAAGGAGCCCUUUUUUGACCGAAUGGAUCGAGUCGCAGAUGAAUUGGUGCUCCAAGAUGAAACCAAGAAACUCUCCGCCACGACGCUGAACGGCAGCGACCGUCUAACGCAGGAAGGUUUGAAGCAGCGCUUGUUGGACUUUAUUGAUCAUUACAUUGCGGCCGACAGCCCAUCUCGCCGAGCAAUGUCCGCACGUGUGUACAAUCAAAAGGCAAAGGAACUGUUCGAAGCCAAUGUCGGCAAACCUGGCAUUUUGUCAUCCUUCCCCGAUAUUCGCCACACGAAGCAAUACCUGGGUUCGUCGCCCCUGGCUCCCUACUGGAGAGUCGAGAAAUCUGAAGGGUAAACAGAUGAGUGAAUGAUCUAACUGUUGAUAGACAGGCAUCUCGCUCUAGAUAGCGGCUAAGCAAUAACGGAGAUUCAUGGAAGACGUGUAAUGUUGUUUUCGCUUAGUAGAAGGGAAUAUGUAUGUUAUCUCACAAGCAAUAUAGAUGUCUGUCAUCAUAACAAAGGU